AAUCGCUCCAUGAGUGUCAGCAAUGUCCCUCAUAACCUCUGAGAGUCAGAGAGUGAGGAACAACAACACACACAAACAUUUGGUGGGUUAAAAGGUGUUUCUUUAUUUCUAUUGUUUUUACUGAUUAAUGAAUUGAUUCGACAAGGGUGAACGACCCUUAAGGACAUCCAAAAUGAGUAGCGAUGACGAAACUAUGGAUCUACUGGAGAGUGAAAAGGACAGGACUGAAAUUCGUCAAGAGCUCUCGGAGAUGAGCUUCGAGGAUUUACAAAAAUUGAAGGAGAAACUGGGCUCGAAGGUGUACAACGAGGCAGUUUUUGGUACGAGACGGGUGAAAAAAACGGAAUUCAAACGAGAAAACAAGAACAGACCCCGAGAGAUGUCAGCGAAGAGACAAGUCUCUCGGUUAAAAGAAAUUGUUCACGUAAAGAAACACGAGCCGAGAGAUCCCAGAUUCGAUCCGCUCUGCGGUAAUUACGACGAGAAAGCCUUCAAGAACUCGUACAGUUUUCUCUUUAAACUGAAAGAGAAUGACCUCAAAGCCCUGAAAAAUGAACUAAAAACCACUGAUGAUCCAAAACAAAUAAAAAAGAUCAAGUACUUGAUCCAGAGGAUCGAGAAUCAGCUGACGGAAGAGACGAGGAAGAAACAGAGGGCGGAGAUGAAGAGCGCCGAGAAGAGGGAAAUCGUCGAGGCGAUAAAGAGCGGCGAGAAGCCGAAAUUCCGGAGAAAAUCGGAGAAGCGAAUUGUGAAUCUUGUGUCACAGUAUGAGGAGCUGAAGAACACUGGGAAGCUGAAGAAACACAUUGAGAGGUUGAGGAAGAAGCGGCUGGGGAAGGACAGAAAAAAAUUCGCAGAGUCGAACACUAGUCUUUAAUCAUUUCUAUUGACAUUAACUGGGCAGUUACAUAUUUUAUGGCAAUAUUUAUGUAAAUUUAUUGGUGGCUAGUGAAUAUUUGGUAAAAGAAUUUCGUUUCAGUGCUCAAGAGGUAGAAGAUCAUGUGGAUUAAAUACCAUUUAAUCCUAAGUCUUCCUAUGGAUUAUUUAAUCUCAAAGAACUUGUGCCAAGUGAUAUAUUUCUUUGCAAAGUUUGGACUUCAACAACGGCCCAACCAAUUAAAAAUUCAUAUGAAUGAAUCAUAAUUCUAUCUGUAAACCUCCCGCAAAGCUCCUUAAUUAUUUAAAUAAAACAGAAAAGCCAAUCAAUUAA